CUUUCCCUUUCCCUUUCCCUCUAGAAAAAUAGACAUAAACGUCUAGCUUCCAAACUUGAGGCUUAAAGCCUUAAACGCUGAAAAUAUAAAGAAUAUGCUCCAAUUUAAUCCUCUUCUUUAUAAUUCCAUUCUUCUCCGCCCAAUAAAAACAACCAAAUAUUAAUUAUUCUCUUAUUCGGAUUACCUGUCUCUAUAUAAAGCAGUAGACGCUUCUCUUUUUGUGCCUCACAAAACCAUAAUUAACCAGAAAAGCUUUCCUUUCCUUUCCUUUCCAUUCCAUUCCAUCCAUGGCGGAACCAACCCAUAUUGCCAUUUUACCAUCUCCAGGGAUGGGUCACCUCAUCCCACUCGUCGAGUUUGCUAAACGACUCGCUUUUCAACAUAAUAUUUCGGUUAAGUUCAUUGUGCCAACCGAUGGUCCUCCUUCUAAGGCACAAAAAUCUGUUCUUGAUUCCCUUCCCUCCACCAUAAGCUAUACGUUUCUUCCUCCAGUUAGCUUCAGUGACCUUCCUUCGGAUGCAAAGAUUGAAACAUUAAUUUCCCUAACUGUGACGCGCUCCUUUCCGUCUCUUCGCGAGGAGUUAAAGUCUCUAGUUUCGACAACUCGUCUCGCGGCCUUGGUAGUGGAUCUUUUUGGCACCGAUGCAUUUGAUGUGGCCAGAGAAUUCAAUGUCUCUCCUUACAUUUUUUAUCCUUCUACGGCUAUGGCUUUGUCUUUGUUCUUUACGUUGCCCAAGCUCGACGAAACGACGUCGUGUGAGUAUAGGGAGUUAAAAGAACCCGUGAAAAUACCCGGGUGUAUACCCAUACACGGUAAAGACUUGCUCGACCCGGUUCAAGAUCGAAAGGAUGACGCUUACAAAUGGGUUCUUCAUCAUGCAAAGCGGUAUAGACAGGCUGAGGGUAUUAUGCUAAAUAGUUUCAUGGAAAUGGAAGGAGGAGCCAUAAAAGCUUUGCAAGAAGAAGAACCGGGUAAACCACCCGUUUACCCGAUUGGUCCGCUGGUGAAUAUGGAUUCAAAGAGUAAGCCUGAGGAAGCAGAAAUUUUGAAGUGGCUAGAUGAUCAGCCACAUGGCUCUGUCCUAUACGUUUCAUUUGGAAGUGGUGGGUCCCUUUCUUACAAUCAGAUAACCGAAUUGGCUUUGGGUUUAGAAAUGAGCGAUCAAAGAUUUUUAUGGGUAGUAAGGAGUCCAAAUGAUGGAGUUGCCAAUGCUACAUAUUUUAGCGUACAAAGCCAAAACGACCCGUUCGAUUUUUUACCAAAAGGGUUUUUAGACAGGACCAAAGGACGGGGUCUAGUUGUGUCGUCUUGGGCACCACAAGCAAAGGUACUGAGUCACGGGGCAACAGGUGGGUUCUUAACUCACUGUGGUUGGAAUUCAACUCUUGAAAGUGUAGUAAAUGGAGUUCCGUUAAUUGCUUGGCCACUCUACGCGGAGCAAAAAAUGAAUGCUGUUAUGUUAACAGAGGACAUUAAGGUUGCCUUAAGACCUAAACCUAGUGAAAAUGGCUUAAUUGUAAGAGAAGAGAUUGCAAAUACGAUUAGAAGCUUAAUGGAAGGCGAAGAAGGGAAAAAAGUACGCAAUAGAAUGAAAAAUCUCAAAGAUGCAGCUUCUGAUGUGCUCAGUGAAAAUGGAUCUUCCACCAAAGCACUCUCUCGUUUAGCUCUCAAAUGGAAGACCCAAAAUUAUAAUUAACUUGAUAAUCAAAUAGUAUAGGUAAUAAUUAUUCUACUCUCUAUAGCCUUUUGUAUUUAAUUACUUUUUAUAUAUGUUCCUGUGCUGUCUCCUUAAGUUUCUUGUUAUGAUCAACUCCUCCACGUGAUUGUAUUAUACUCUCUAACAUUUUAAUGUAAUAGAAUUGCGUUAUUACGUAUAAUGUAAUAGAAUGAUGUGAAGUGGGUAA